AUGGCAAACAUGCUCGCAGGAUCAGCGCUCCAGCAUGAGGGUUACAAUAGACUCUUGGGCGGAGAAAUACCUUGUUGUGCGUCCUGCGCAGCAGAUCACUUCAAGUAUUUAGCUGCGGGUUUUCCCACAAUUCACGCGCUCGUAACACGUCUAUUUCCCCUCUUUCUGUGA